AUGUCUCUUUCCCCAGUUUUCCCUAACCUCCAGCUGUCUCUCACCUCCUCGUCCUCCUCGUCCUCCUCCUCCUCGACGUUCAAUCACACUCAGUCCGCCACCAUGCGCUACACAGCCAUCCUUUCCUUCCUGGCGCUGACUGCCCACCCGCUCACAGCCCUGGCUCAAGGUAGUACAGUGGGUGAUCUCCUAACUGUGCUCAAACCCACGGUUGAGUCCCUGUCAUGCAAACCAGCCAAUCUGUACUGUUGCGCCGGUGUCGACGGCCCUGGCACCAGCAACUACGAUCAAAUUCAGAGCACCGGCACCGACCCGGGUGCUGCCGUCGGAACUAACUGCAAUCGGAUCAAUACAACAACAGGCCAAUGUGACUCGGCUGCAUCCGCACGUGUCUGCUGUUCGGGCAGCUUUGGGGAGAACAAGCUGAAUUGCAGGUAG